AUGCGCAUGUUUGCGCCUUGUCCGGUAACACGCCUGUUGGAUUGUGUUGGGGGUGUUUCCUGCCUGUUUGGCCUGGUGGCAAUGGCAACAACCUCCCAAGAAUUAUACGCUUCACUGAAAGCGCUGACAACUGCCGUGAAAACCGACAAAUUGAUUUGCAAGCAUCUUAUCAGUACGAGGUCUUAUCAGAUUCUUGCAAUGCUUCUGGAAGGCAAAAGUGAGCUGUUAAAUUCGCAUAUUCUUCACUUAAUUUUGUCCCUGGUUGGUACAUUGGAUACGAGCAAGGAUACGGUCACCAUUCCUAACCUUUCUGUUUUCGAAGACAUUUUAUGUGAUUUGGACGUUUGGAAAGAUGCUAGUGCUGAUCUGAAUCGACUAAUUUAUGAGCACUUUUAUGAACUCAUCACCGACCAAAAUUGCGAGAAUCUUGGUGUGAUACGCCGCAGUUCGCUGCCAUCGCGUCUCCUUAUUAGAUUGUAUGAUAACCCGAUGCUGAUUUUCGCUGUCAAUGAUAUCAUUUUCAAUCUUCUUGCUGCUCUUCUCCAGCCGCCUGCUGAUAAUUUGUUGUUGCUGAAGAUUGGGCAGCUCAUAGCCGGGACACUUCCAAUGCCAGGCUCUGAGCAGCACGAAGCUUCCUAUGCAUUCUCAAUACCGGACCUGCAGUCGGCUCUUUUUGCUAGUAAAACUUCAUCUAAUUUUGAUCGUCUUCUGUAUGAUAUUUAUGUGCGCAAUCGUAUACUUAACAUUCUUGCCAACACGCUAGCGCAUUCAAGUGCAAGCAAUAAUUUACAGUAA